AUGCUGCCACAACUCGCCUCCCACCCUCCCCAAAAACCUAAGCACCGUCUACUUCAACCCCACCUUCGAGGGCGGCUGCCGGCUUUACCGAAAGCAUCGAGCAAGAACACUCGGGUCUCCAUUGUCUGUAAAUGUUAUUUUGCCUCUGAGUGCGAGAUUCACCACUGUACCACCUUCACGUUCCUCCUAGCUUCUACGAGGUCAAGGAGCACUCUUGACCAGCAGUCGCCCCUUCGAUGCACCCUUGAUACUAAGGAGACAUACGACGGUACCUACGACUUGAUAUAUGGCAGCAAUGAUAGCUGGGAGAAUUCUAGUCGCAAGAGGGCUGUAAAUGAGUAA